GGUAAUAAGCUGAAGCGGCCAGACAAUUCAAAAAAGAAAACAGAAGCGGCCAAUUUAAUGUUUUUUUGACCCAACUUUGGAAUUUGUACAACUGUACAAAGCAGUAGCAUAUAACCAGUGUUAAUGAUUCUUGCUGAAGGUGAUGUACACGGUGCUUAACAGAAUCACCUGAUAAUUAUUCCAGGAUGGAGAACUUCGUCCUUUAUGAAGAAAUCGGAAGGGGCAGCAAGUCUGUAGUUUACAAAGGGAGGAGGAAGGAAAGCAUCAGCUUUCUUGCAAUCAUCUGCAGUGACAAGGCGAAAAGGGCAGAGGUUACAAACCACGUGCGGCUGACCCAUGACAUGAAGCAUGAGAAUAUAGUUUCCUUUUAUGAGUGGUACGAGACUAGCAACCAUCUCUGGUUGGUGGUGGAGCUGUGCACAGGGGGGUCUUUGGAAGCCAUCAUCUCCCAAGAUGAGUGUCUGUCUGAGGAUGUGGUGAGAGGCUUUGCCGUCGACCUUGUUAAAGGCCUGAAGCACAUCCAUGAUUCCGGCAUCGUCUUCUCUGACCUGACUCCUGCCAAGAUUUUGCUGGAUGGACCAGGCACUCUGAAGUACUCCAAUUUCUGCGUGUCCAAAGCAGAGGGGGAGAACCUAGAGGAGUUCUUCCUCAUGGUUAUGUCAGAGGAUGGGGGGGUACAGGAGGCCUCUGAAAAUGCACCUGGAAGAAAUACAAAAAAUUUGGUCCGGGGGUCUCCCACUUACUCUGCCCCGGAGGUGCUGGCCGGGGGGGACUCCACUUUCAGCAGCGACUUAUGGGCACUGGGAUGUAUAAUUUACGAGAUGUUUUCAGGAAAGCCACCAUUUUACUCCGAAAGCUUCUCAGAUUUGGCCAAGCUCAUUCUCCAAGGAGAGCCACCCCCCCCACGGCAAAAUGCUGCCCCCUUCUCAGAACCGACUCCAGAAUUUCGCAGCCUGUUGAGAGGUUUGCUUGAAAAAGACCCAAAAAAAAGGCUGACCUGGGAUCAGUUACUGUCACACCCGUUCUGGAAGGAAUCGUUAUCUGUGGUGGAGGAGGAGACCCCGCUGGCCUUGAGGAGUGCAGAGGGGGGGAGGGGCAGCCCCGCCUGGCACGUGGCACGCAGUCGGCCCACCCCUUUGACCCCAGAUGACCCGGGAGGCCCAGCUGGAGGGCAGCCCCUGGACAAGUCAUUCCGACUGGACAAUGUGGCGGAGCUGAGGCCGAAGAGUGCCCAGGAUGGCGAGGCGAGGGCGCCCCUCUUCCUGCUCAGCAGUUCCUGUCCGACUCUGGGAAAGAGCAGUGUGGCCAAAGAUGCAGACACCAAGACUGCACAGCUGCAGGAGACAAAAUCUGUCAGUGGGGUGAAAGAUGUGGCUUCUUCCAUCAAGGAGCUAAUCUACACUGACUCUGACCUAACUGUGACUCCAAUCAUCGAUAACCCGAAGAUCAUCAAAGCAACUCCGGUGAGAUUUGACCCCAAAACCCUGAGUGUCCCCGCUUACUCAGCUGAGAAGCUAGUGUCCCUGAGUCCGGCAGACUGGCAGGCCUUCCUGCAGCAGCUCUGCUCCUCGCUGGACUCGCCGGGGGGGACGGCAGCGAGCACACGCUCCAAACUCAACCUGCUCUGCUACCUCUGUGGCACGGCGAGCCACCGGGACGCAGCCACCCGGCUGACCAACUCUCCGCUGUUCCCGGCGCUGACCCAGCAGCUGCGUGCCGCUCCUAAUUGGGAUGUGAGGGCCAAAGCGAUGCGGGUUCAGGGGCUGCUGGCCUCUCACUGCCUGGAGUUGGAAGAGGCUGUGCCGGUGACUGAGGCUGUGAGCACCUACACCGAGCUCCUCCGUGACAACUUCAGGAACAGCAAGCUGAAGCAAUGCCUGCUGCCACCACUGGGGGAGCUCUUGUACCUCAUUGCCUCUCAGGAGGAGAAGAAAGCGCCCCCAGGAGGAUUAUGGGCCGUCACUGCCGCUUCCUACACCGUGAUAACGAGAUGCCUCCAGGAACGGGAGGAGCUGGUGGUGAAUCACAUAGCAGCGAAGACGGUGGAGAAGGUGUGCAGCACGCAGUCUCAUCACGCCAAGGCCUUCAUCACAGGUGACAUCGGGCCCAUGCUCUGGUGCCUCUUCACCCAUUCCAGCGUGGAUCCCCUGAGAGUCACAGCCAUCUCGGCCCUCUGCAGGGCGACACGCCACUCCCCAGCCGUCUUCCAGAGCGUCAUCGACAAGGUGGGGCUGCCUGCCGUGCUGGACGGCCUGUCGUGCAGCAUCAGCCGCAUCCAGCAACACCUGCUCACCCUCUUUGCUGCCAUCCUGUCGUCCGGAGUCAACGUGCAGAGGCUGGUCCAGGAGAGGGAGCUGGUGCUGCGGGUCUCACGCUGCCUGGAGAGCCCCUUCCCAGCGGUCCGAGCGAAGGCCUUCCUGGUGCUUCUGCAGGUCCUGCUCCACAACCGGGAAAUGCUGCUGCUGUGCUGUAAUUCCAGGUUGGUGAUGUACAUCGAGAGGGACGUCAGGAAGGCCGUGCCAGAGAGGGAGCAACCGAGUGCCAAUCAGCACCUGUCCAGAUGUCUACAACUGCUCAUCCGUCACAUCGUCCGAGAGCUGCCUGCCGUUCUGGACGACAUCCUGGCUGCGCUGGGGAGCGUGGCAGGGCGCAAACAUCCAUCGACUGCGCAGGCCAAGCAGCUGAAGCAGUGUCUGCCUAUGGUCUCGGUCGUGCUGCAGGUGCUCACCUCGCAGAUAUUCAGACCUCAGGUGGUGACAGAAGAUUUUCUCUGCAAAUUUGGGGCACUGCUUAAUUACAUUAAAUCUGUGGAGUCCUGUGAGACCAGCCUGGACAAUGCGAUAGGACAGAUGGCCUCAGAGGAGCUUAUUAGGAACACGCUGUCAGCCGUGGAGGCCAUUACCCAGCAUGCCGUGCUGCUGACGCCCCAUUACAGCACUGUGGUGGAUUUCAUCCUUCCCCCUCUAGCUUCUCUGGCGUUCAGCAACAAUGUGGAGUGGCGGAUCGUCAGCCUGAGGGUACUGUCAGAGGUCACGCUGACCCUGCUGGGCCGGGAGGAAGAGGAGGAAGGGGAAGACAGGGCCCCAGUGCCAAGCAGCAGCCUGCUGGCCCUCAUCACCAACACCCUCCUGCCACAGUUUGGGUCCUUGCUCCUGGAGUCGGACCCACUGCCUGUUUACGCCCUGAAGCUGAUGGUGUCGCUGACGGAGCACAGCUCACUUGUCAACAGGCUCAUCGAGGAAAGCCCUCUCCCGGCGGUCAUCUUUCGAGUCAUCUCGGAGCACCAGGAGAGUCCCUUGGGUGCCACCAUGCAGAACACCAUGGCCCUGCUCAGCAACCUGACAGGCCAGAAGGAUAGCGCCUUGCAGAGGCUCCAUGGUGAAGCUCUGGUGGACAUCAUCUGCAGCGUCCUGUUCAAGGCAGCAGCCCUAUACAAUGAGGGGGAAGACCAGGCUCUCGUGAAGAGGGCCCACAGCCUUCUGCUGCCAGCACUGGACGUCCUACACAACGUUCUGAGGAGCACAUCCGCCGUGGUCAGGCAGGCCCUCCAGAGGUUGGAGACCCGAGGGGAGGUCCAGAGCGCGGAGGACCUGCUGCUCCUGAACAAGCCUCUGACCGAGCUCAGCAGCCUUCUCAUCCAGCUGGUGAGAUGCCCCAGUGGCCGACACCUUAGUCUCCCCGGCAGAGAUCUGGAGGUGUAUGAGGAGGCCAGCCAGUGUCUGUCCCUCCUGGUGCAGCUGUACGGAGGUGAGGGCCUGGCCUGCCUGUGCCCAGAGGACCUGCAGAGCUUGGCCUGGGUUCUAGAGGUCCAAUCGGACCCCAGACAGCAAAGAUUACUGCUGAGGGUGAUCAAGCGUCUGAUCACCUGCACGGACGGGUCCGGCCACGGCCUGCUGGGAGGGAGUCACCUGCUGAAGGAACUGCAGAGACUAGCUCAGUCCACCAGGUCUCAGGUGGACACCUCUGUAACUUCUUUGGCUACGGAGAUACUGAAAGCUGUCGGACUCUGAUGAUCUUCAGGCAGCCUGUGAUUUCAGGGGCAUUGGGUGUGUAUCUGGAUACACGUUUACUGCUCAUUGUACCAAGUGGUUCCUGUGUGUCAUAAUUUAACAUGCUACAUUGUUAUUUAAACCUCCAUGGGGCAAUUAUGUUUUUCAUACAAUUUCCCCCAGAGAUCAAAAACCUUAAAUACUUCCCCUAAGAUGCAUUCAUGAAACAAGAUGAUUAAAUGGGAAUUUUGAUGUA